AUGCGAGCCCCGCUCGCAGCUUCUAUCUACACCAUAAAUCGACUGCCGCGUUCUUGGCCGCAGAUUGCGAACGGCUGCCCUCUCUGCAAGCGGCUGUGGGCAAAGUUGAGCGAUGAAGAGCGCGGCAUUGUAUUCAGGCAUGAGCUGCAGCCGUGCAAGGACAAUCAUGGGCUCUUUCGGUACUCCAUAACACCGCCAUUGGCGAAUGACGAAUGCGAAGUGGCAAUCUGGUGCCGAUUUGAGAAAGAGAAAGAAGGUGUCGACUACAACAAGUUCGGCACCCUCGAUCUUGUUCCCACCCGCGAGACAACAACAGGUUCCGGCACUACUGUCACAUCUUCUGGAACUGGGUCGAUGAAGACGCUUGGACUUGCCAACCAAUGGCUAUCCGAUUGCGUGGGGAAUCACGAGACGUGUAACCGGAAUGUUGACGCAGGAUGGCUACCGACCCGGCUGCUUCACUUGAGCGAGGACUUACAAUCUUCUUCUUUGAUGACUGCGCGCGAGCUUGAUGCUCCUGCACUUUACGCGGCUCUGAGCUACUGCUGGGGCGGUGAUCGCUUCUUGAAACUAGCAGCUUCGAAUGGGCGCAGCCUCCGCCGCGGACGACCAAUAGCGGAACUACCAAAGACUUUCCAAGAGGCCAUGCAUGCCUGCAUAGCGCUGGGUAUACACUACCUUUGGAGUGAUGCCUUGUGCAUCAUACAGGAGGAGGAUGGAUUGCAAGACUGGAUCAUAGAGUUCGCCCACAUGGGCCAGGUAUACGCCAACGCCACCUGCGUCGUAGCCGCCACUACUUCCAACAAGCCUAGUGAGGGCCUGUUUCGGGACCAGCAUGAUGUCGACUUUUCAAGCACUAGGGUGGUGCUGCCCCCGGGUAUCUUAGGUCCGCUCCUACCAGGUGCCUACGGUGUUGUCCCCGGACGCUUCUGGCAGGACCGUGUAGACCUGACUUCCCUCAAUCACCGGGCGUGGGUGUUACAGGAACGCACUCUAGGCUGA